GCUGUUUUCGCAAUCUUGAGUUGAGCCCUCCAACUUUACAUACGUCAUCCUACACCCUGGAUACUACGCUAAAUUAAUAUAUCUCCAGACCAAAAUCCGAGAAAUCGAUUCCAGAUGUACUACGACAACGAGUGCGAGACAUGCGAUCGUGAGUUCGGUAGUCAGCAAGCUGCUAUACAACACAUGAACGCACUUGAUCACUGGGGUCCACGCUAUGAAUGCGACACAUGUGAUCGAGAGUUCUUCACUCAACAAGCGGCGAAUCAGCACAUGAAUGACACGGAUCAUUGGGAGGCACGGUUUCAGUGCGAUACAUGCGAUCGGGUCUUCUCCACUCAACGGUCAGCUGACCAGCACAUGGUCGACACAGGACACCGAGAACCUCGAUAUGGGUGUGAUAUCUGUUCUCGAAGGUUUGAUACCGAAAUGUCUGCCGAUCAGCAUAUGAACGCCGUUGGUCAUCACAAACGAAAUUUCUGCGAUAGCUGUAGCAGAUCAUUUCAGAGUGAAAACGCUUUGAAGAUGCAUCUCAACUCAAGCACUCAUCGCGGUAGAAACGUUGUAUGUCCCUUUUGCAAGAUGGCUUUGACCUCAGCCAGUGGUCUAUCGCACCAUCUUGAGACUGGCUCAUGCCAACGAGCCAAGAAUGUCAAUCACCGAACAAUCUUCCAGGCUAUUAGUCAGCGAGAUCCUGGUGGCAUAUUGACAAACAGACUGCUCACCUACCCCGAUUUCGACACCGAGCAAAUCGCCACCGAUGGCACGUGGAAUGGCUCUAGCUUCGAAUGUUAUCUUUGUCGUCGCGAAUAUGAUACGCUUCGAGCUUUGAACCAACAUCUGAACUCGCCAGCUCAUAGCGAGAAACUGUAUCAUUGCCCAAACCGCAAUUGCGAAGGCCAAUUCGUACGGUUAGCAUCGCUUUUCAACCACCUUGAAAGUGAGAGCUGCAACUUUGUGCGGUUUGAGAGGGUUCAGAAGCAUGUUCACAACUUCAUUACGGGAGGACAAAGACUGGUUGGUUUUACCUGAAUGUCUGGGUGUUUGUAUCAAAGACGAAUCAUCUAAUUGACAGCUACGGGUGCAAUAUAAUUGGCGGUUCUCAGCACACUGAUUUCCUUGCCACGCAGAGGGGAAUGUUGGCGUAGAAUAGCUGAUCAGGGAAUGAUAUUCGUAAAACAGCGCACGUAGAGCAGCAUAAUUCCUACCACUAUAUUCGAUAGGCACAAUGUCAACAAAAAGACCUAUUGUCUAGGAGCCCAAAGCGCAUAUGUGCACAUUGUGCUAUUAGGUUGC